AUGAUACAGGACAGUGAAAAUUCUGAAUUAGCUACCCGUAUUGCUGAAUUCAAGAACGAUCCGGAGAAACUCCGCGAGGCUUCUGAGUUUGUAGAACAACUGAUUCAGCAGGCAAAGAAAGAGGCAGAGUUUAAACAUAAAGAGAAAGAGAGAAACAAAUUCGAAUCGCAGGAGUUGGGCUCAAAUAAUGUAAAAAGGCGCCUUGGUCGGGCUAGAGGAUUUGUUUUACGAAUGUUUGACGCACUCUGCAAUUGUACGCAGACUGCAGCCGCUGCCGCACGCACGCACGCAAGGAACAACCCAUUUACAAAACGUUAG